AGUUGCACGCAGGACGCCGUAGCAUUAACAUCGUUUGAGGUUAUGUUCGACUCGGUUGUUCUCGCUCUUCUGUCAUAGUUGAGCGAUCCUGCAAUUGUGCUGAGACUGGUGCUUUUCCUAACUGAAAAUCGUGAAUUUGGUGCUUAAUUGAGAUGGAAAAUAGUGACUGAAAACGGAUUUUUGACUUUCAUAGUUUGACUUGUGUUUGAAUUACUUAGAUUGGGGUGAGAUUGAGGUUGUAAGGAAUCAUAUCCAAUUCAAAAACUGGGUUUUUCGAAGGUUUUCCACAAAAGCAAAUCAAAAUUCGAACUAAAAAUCUAGGUGUUUAAGUUGAGGAAAAUAAUAUCCGAAUUCAGUUUAUUGCUCUCAAAAAUCCGACUUCUACGCACUUUGUUGUGCAUUUUUCGAAAUGGUACUAAUGAAAACAAAAGUCCCCCUACAUUAGACUAACUAACGAGACUUCACCACCAAGUUCCUAGUUUAAUUUAUAGACUCUAUCUGUGAGUUCCGCCUAGAAAUGGAAGUGAAAAGUGUUUUCGAUUAUGUGUUUUUGGCGAAAUUAUUUUUGGUGUUUGUGAACUUGUUCGAUUGGGGCGAAUGCACGGCAGUGACUGGUAUUGGGUCCCCGUUGAGGGUGGCGCAGUGCAGAGCAGAAUGUAUAUUCAAAUUCUCCAAAGAUGAAGAAGACCUCACAUGCAUGGAUGACAUUGAAUGCUUAACGUGUUGGAAAAGCUGUCAGCAGCUGUCUAACUUCAACAAACUCUGCCUACAGAACAGCAACUGCGGACCCGGCUGUGAAGCCGCCUGCCAGUUCGCACAGGAAGUGAGCAACGACAUCCAGCGCUCGCCCGUCAUGGUGAAGCGCGGCGAAGAGGUUCUCCAAACCACCGGCCAGGAAACAAGAUGGCCGCCACCGUCCCCCGAACUGGAGGGACCCUGGGUCUACCUGGUGAUGAGGAAGCUGAAGAAGCCGGGCAGCUCGUGGAAGCAGAUCACGCAAACCCUCAACCUGUCCGCCAAGAUCCCCCCGGGAGGGAUGGUGAGGGUGUUGGUGGUGGGACGCGGAGGGUUGGUGACCAUCUACGGUCCGGCCGAGGAGACGAAGGUGGCCAAGGAUAAGGGAUGGAGACUGAGGCAGGUGUCGGUGAUACAUCAGGAUGCAGUGGUGAUUGCGGAGGUGGCAUGGGAGGCUAGACAGCCUCACGCCCUCUACCUGGUCACCUGGGAGGUUGCCGGUGGAGGCCUGAGAGGCAACCUGUUGACUGCAUCAACCUCGGUGGCGUUGUCUCUGUGGCCUGAUACUCAGUUUCAUGUACAGGUUGAGCUGAUGAACCCCGGCCAAACAAGUCCCGAGAAGAGCGAGGAGCUCCUAGUGGACACCCACAAGGAAACCGACAACACAGUCCUGACCCCAGCCGAACCAUCGCGCACCACUUCCAGCACCCUCAUCAACGCACUGCUCAACGGCAGCUCCUACCCGGACGAGGUCAAGGACGACGAUGAAGUGGUGCACCAUGAAUCGGUGGUGCUGGUGUCCGAGUGGCACCGCAGCCAAGUGGUGACCGGAAUGGUGGCCGCCCUCCUGUCGGUGGUGGUCGUGGUGUUACUGGUGUGGAGGUGUCGGAACCGAUGGGACGACUCGCCGCAUGUGAAGCUCGUCGAAGAUGAGUACCUGAGCUCCGAUCAUUUUCAAGUAAUUUCUCACCGAGGCUGUCAUUCAAAGUCAGGAUCCGGCAGCAGUCAUCCAACCAAUGCAUUUGUAACAUGACAACUAGGACUCAAUCAAUCCUUAUCUGUUCCUAACGAUGUAUAAACUCAGUCUCAUUAUAAUGUGACACUUUGUACAUAGCUUAAUUAUUGUAAUUUAUUUUUCAAAUUAAUAUGUUCCUAAGAGCUAAUUUAUUUUGACGGAUAGUGAUGUAUUAUACUCGUACAGCUUCUUAUUAUUAUUAACCUUGAAUUGAACAUAAGUAAAUGUAAUAAAUUUAAAAAAUAAAGAUCACGUAAACUUGCUAAUUAUGAUAGUAGUAUUACAACGUUGUGUAGAAUUUGUCAGAUUCUUGGAUUACAGUUGGAUUUUCUACUGUGGAUAAUGGCAUAUUCAAAAAUAGUACAUAACACCCUCUACAUUUCUUCUUCAUAGAACCGGUUUCAGUUGAUGAAGUGUAUGAGCGAGGAAGAUUGGGAUUCUAGAUUUGAUGGCUAGAUUCUCCUCUAUUCAACCCAAAUAGAGCAAAACAUUGAUAUUUAUCAUAUUGAAAUAUUAUUAGUAUAACGUUUUUCUCAAACUGGAAACUUCAAUCCAAUCAAUAGCCUAAUAAUUUGAUUGAGAUCGUUUACAUAGAAUGGUCGUGUAAAAAUUUAGCUUGUAUCAUUGUAUAAGAGGCUGCUAAUAUCUCUAUUAUAUAUUCAUCUCUUGUGAGAAACUUUCAAUUUGAUUAUUGUUUGUAUUGAACUCUAGUACAAAUAGGUGUAUAUUUUUGUAAAAAUUGAGUAAUUGAAUAGAUUCUUCAAGUUUUUUUUAUCUGGGUGAUUGAUUAAUGUCGAAGUCUUGAAGGGUGACUUUGGAAAAAUAACUCUGUAUAAGAAUUAAAUCAUUUCAAAUCGUGUCUUUACAAUGUUUAAAAAUAGUUAAUAUAGUGAAUUGAUCCAGUCUAUAGUCUCUUGUGCUCUCAUAUUAUGAAAUUUUCUUCUUAGAGUAGACUAUAGAUGCCAUUUAUUUUCUUCAAACAAUAAUAAAAUAUAUAUAUUAUGGUUUCAAUUGAAAUCAUUCCAAUCUAUCACAAUCAAAUUUUAUUUUGAUAUUGAUUUUUUUUGAAAUUGAAAUUGAAAUUUAUUCACAACACUGACAUAUUCUACAAAUAUUUCUACAAUGCAAUUAUUAUAAAGAAACAGUAUCAUGAUGGAAAAAAAGAAAAGAACUUCAGUAGCUUAACAGCUGUGGUUGAAGUUAUACACUAUUGUUAUUGUACAUAAUAAUUUGAACGAGACAUUCACUUGAUUUUGGUAACUAAAAAAAAGAAUAAGUCUUUGUCAAUUUCACACAAACAGAGUUAGAGCAAUAGUAAAAAACAAAAAAGAUUGGAAAACAAAAAAAAAAAGAUUGAAAUCAUUCAAUCUAUCACAAUAAUUGAGGUUUUUCCUUUAGGGUGUGAUUUGGCUGAUAGGAUGAAAGUCUUGCUUUCACGAUUAUUAUCGCAAGAAUUCUAAUUAUUGAGCUAUCCAAAUUAGUCUCAAUGACAAGAUCAUUUUCCAACCAGUCAUAAAUUAUCAUACAUACCCUAAUUAGAAGCAGAAUUAGUAUUUCAAUCAGUUUUUCUAAUACUUUCUCGACAUGUAUUGUAAAAAUAAAAAUAAGGUAUUCAAUAAAAAAUAUAUUGUAAAAUUCAAAUUUUCUCAUGAUAAUUUUGGAGAUUGUAAAUUGUGUAUGUGUACAUUUAUUGGUUUUUUCUACAUAAGGAAGAAUACUCUUAGCUCUUAUAAGCAUUGGUUGAAUUAGAUACUUAAUUAAAGACUGUUUCCACGAAACUUAAAUAAUUUGGACUUCAUCUAAUAAGUUGGAUAGCUAUGAAUAAUUUAGUAUCGUGCUAAUAUGACUAGUAUAUAAUUAUAUUGUAUAAUACAAAGAUAGUUCUUAACAUUCCUCUUCUAAGUAAGAAUUCGAAUAGAAUAAUCACUGUAUAAUCUACUCGAGGUAAUAAAGAUAGUCUAGUCUUUAAAUAUUGAAGUUUACUUCUAUGUACAUCAUUGUAUAACUGUGAUAUUGAUUUAUUUUUGGCUUAUGCGUUUUAAAGUGUAAUUUAUAAUAAAAUACUCAUGUGUAAUCUAUA